UGUCAUUCCUUUGCCAUUUUUGAACCUGAAGAAGAAUCACAACCGAAACCUCAAGAAUAUUUGUGGGCUCUUUCAAAUAUUAAACAUUAUUCUCCAAAUUUCAUUCUUUUCUCCCUUUACUCCUUUAAAAUUCAGUAUCUAGUUUUAGAUCAAAUAACUCAGUUCCAUUUCAAGACUUCAAGAAGUUUCUGCAGCUGAAGAAUUUGAACUACACAACUUCUAAUGCAGUUCCAGCAGUCCUUCUGGUUGGAAGAUGAGAAAUCAUAGUUGGGAAAAUAAUUUUUAGCCACCAUGUAAUCAUAGGGUUUCAAUGGAUGCAGCAGCUAGGUCUGCAUGUGAGCAUGCCAACGUAGACUUGUCUGAUAAUGGUAAUGGUGUUGGUGAUUCCAGUGACGAUAAUAGGAGAAAUGUUGAAGACAAUGAAAUUAACAUAGAUGCCGAAAAUAUCAAUGGAAGUAAAUCUGGUGGUGCUGAACCUCACACUGAAAAUGAUAAUACUCGUGAGGUCAGUUGGGUGGAAUUGGAUAAAGGUUUAGAUGAGCUGACUGAGAAAGAAGUUUUUAAACUGAAAUUUGACUGCGAUGAAGAAGCAGGAAUGUUCUAUGAGACUUACUCCAAACUUGUUGGGUUUACUGUCCGAAAGACAUAUACAAAACGUGACAAGGAUAACGUUGUAAUAUACAGGGGAUGGGUUUGUUCAAGAGAGGGUUUUCCAGAGAACAGGAUAAAUAUCUGGGACAGGAGGCAAGUUCCUAAACCAGGAAGCAGAGUUGGUUGUCUUGCUAGCUUUCGGGUCAAACAUGAGAAAAAAUCAGGCAAAUAUGUUGUUUCAGGUUUUGUUAAAGAGCACAAUCAUGAGCUGGCAGCUCCAAUAGCUGUCCCCUAUCUGCAGCCGCAAAAGCGUGCACGUACAGUAACUGUAGAACUUGGGUUCACUAAGAAAGAUAUAGAACAUGUGCAGGCUACCUCCGACAUUCAUGAUGUUGACAACCGUGUCUUAACUCACAGUGUCUUAGCUUACUUAUGUGCAAAGAAUGACUAUGAUCCAGGGUUGUUUUAUAAGUAUGAUGUUGAUGAUGAAAAGCAAUUAUUCAGUAUAUUUUGGGCAGAUUCAAAGUCUAGAGCAGAUUAUGCCUUCUUUGGUGAUGUUUUGGCAUUGAACACUAAAUUUAGAAAGAAUGCUUAUGGAAAACCCUUUAUUAUUCUUGCGGGUCUAAAUAAUCAUUACCAAACAACUGUAUUUGGUUGUGCACUAUUGGGAGAUGAAACAGCUGAGACCUAUGUAUGGCUCCUGGAAACAUUUUUGGAUGCCAUGAAUCACAAGGCACCUGUUUCAGUUAUUACAGAUGGUGACAAAGCUAUAGAAGAAGCAAUUGAGAAAAUAUUCCCCACAUCUCAGCAUCGUAUAUGCCAUUGGCACCUGUAUAAGGAUGCUGUUGCUAUUGCUGGUGACUCAUCUUUUGGACCGGACUUCAAGAAGUGUAUGGAGGAAAAUUUGAAUCCAGAUGAAUUUGAGGUGGCUUGGAUCAAAUUAAUGAAGAAAUAUGGACUUCAAGGCCAUCCAUGGUUCGAAGAGAUCUACUCCAGGCGUACAAAAUGGGCAGAGGCAUACUUGCGAGAGCAUUUCUUUGCUGGUCUGAGUAGUAUUCAGGGCCAUGGAAUGAAUACAUAUUUCACCCGGUUCCUGCAAGUUCAGCUCAAGCUUCAUGAAUUUGUGAGGUACUUUGACAAUGCUCUUGUUCAUCUUCGUGAAGACGAGGCAAAAGCAGACUCUGAGUCAGAGAGCACAUGUCCUGCUUUUUGUACAAUUUUGAGGGAUUUAGAGAGGCAUGCUGCUGAUGUCUUCACAAAAAGUAUCUUUCUAAAAGUUCGUGAACAAAUAAUGGGUGAUGCCAUGCUAAUCUUGAGCAAUAAAGAGUACCUCAAAGAUGAGGCCUGUUGGGUUUACAGAUUUUCUGAAUAUAUGAAGCCUGACAUGAUAUGGAAAGUUCGCUAUCAUCCAACUAAUCAAAGCUUGACAUGCUCCUGCUUUAAGUUAAUCAAAGAUGGAUUGCCUUGCUGCCAUAUGAUUUCUGUUAUUAAAGCUGAGCAGCUAAGAGAAUUUCCUAGAUGUUGCAUCAACAAAAGAUGGAUGAAACGUGCAAGGAGUGAAAUUGACUCUGGGAUUGAUAUUCAAUCCCUAAAUAUGGCCACAGAAGUUGCACGAUUUCGAAUUUUGAAUUCUACUUGCAGUGAGAUGAAUUACUAUGCUUCUCAAACACUUCAAGGUUUUAAUAAGGCACGUAAUCUCAUUUCUAAGUUCACAUCUGAUGUGAAGCAGAUAUACAAUUCAAAGGGUGAAGUCGAUGAACCAUCACCAGAAGUCAGCGAGGAUGCUGAUGGCUCGACCUCAAGGUCUGGUAUGCAUGAUCCCAAUGGGCAGUGUGAUGCUAGUGAGGUGGAAAGACCCCGACCUGAUGACUGCAGCCCUGCACAGUCAUGAUCAGACUACAUCCCAGCUGCGCAUCUAAAUCAUGGCUGCCAAACAUCUGAAGGUACUGGUACAAUGGAUGAUGGUGAGGGACACGUGCAAAAUGGGAACUUUUCUGAAAUGCCAAGCCUGCCCAUGAACUUGAUGUGGGAAGAUGACGAUUAGAUUCAUCCAAACACCUAUUAGGUAGGUCCCUUUGACUUUUAAAGUGUAACCUUCUUUCCUCCUGCUGGAAAGUUAUGUUUCAAGAUCCCUAAUACUUAUAUGCAUGGUACACAAUGAGUUAAGAUAUGGAAGAAAUACAGCGAAUUUUGAUUGGCAGGUAAAUAUUUUCUGUCCUACUUCAACAGAACUAUUGGUUGCACAGGCCUCAUUAUGCAUGGCUCCAAAUUUAAGGUAGUUAAGUGUAAUUUACCACUGCUGGUAUAUUGCCGAUCUUGCUUCCUGAUUGGUGACAGUAUCUUGAGUUUGCCUAUGAAUUUCGGUACUAAGGAGUAAAAUAGUGAUUAUAAAGAUUGAGGGGUAAAUUGUAAGCGGGUAUAAGUUUGGAAGAACUCUUCGUAGACAGAUGACAAUGUUUAGUUACAAUGUAUGAUGUUUCUACUCAGCCAAUCAUGAUUUGCACAAAAUAUAUGAUGUCUGGUUAUUGCCCAUUGCAAAGAAUUUGCUGAUGGAAUUUGCUAGUGAGACGUUAUAAAUUUUUUGGAGCCACUUAAUACAAAAAUAUAGUAUGAGAGAGUAAAUCUUAUAUACACUGACAGUGUAUAUCCUGUCACGGUUCGAUGCACGACACAUAUGCAAAAUUUGUUUUCAAAUUCAAAUUCAGAUUAUGUGUCAUACAUCCAAUGGUAAAAGUGUACACACUGUCAGUGUAUAGAAGAUUAAUUCUUCAAUAUAUGGUGACCUUUUUCCCUAAUUAUAAGAAGUCAAAGCUAUUUUCGUCCUAACUAUUAACCUGUUCAGUAAACUUGUGGACUGGAUUUUAUUGAUGAAGAUUCCCUUCGCUCACCAAUCUGCAAAGUAUAUGGAUUUUAUCUGUCUGAUGUAUUCUUUGGAGCUCCUUUUAUCAAGAGAGCUCUUGCACAUAACAUGUUUAUGUUCAGAUGUUAAAUGUAUUUCCAGUUUUUAUUUGGAGUAUAGAUGUAUGAUCUGUUGUAGGAUACAUUAUGAUGACUGCAUUACCACUAACUUGGAAUUAGAUGUUUGGUCCAAUUCUUCUUGGCUUGCUUUUCUUGAUUGUUUGGUAUAAUACUUUAGACUUAUUUUUUUCGACUUAGUAAUAAAGCAGGGUAUCAAUUGAAAGUGCAAGAACUGUUGUUAAUAGAAUGUUCGCGAAAGAAUUUUACGAUUUAUCAGUCACUUAUUCUCACACUGGCCGAACAAACAAGAGGUUGCAGCUGGGGUUAAACUUCACAGCAGACGAAAAAACAUGUUCCUCCUCAAAAUGACUACGCCUAUUCAUUUUUGGGUAGUAAUGGUUGCGUGUCAUUCUUCAUCAGCCAACUUUAUCUUAUCAAAGCAAGCUGGGAGGCAGAAGUUGUAAGAGGUUGGUUUGGUUCCUGCGGCUUUUGCACAUACAUUUGUUUCAACCUUGUAUGCUGUAAAUUUUGUAGUUAAAUGUGCAGGUGCCUUUCUGUGCUCGCCUGCCUUGAUAGGCAAAAUGGUUCUGUUCCUAACUGUAACAAUCAGGCUACGCUUGUAAUGUCCUAAAUUAGUCGGAGUCCUUCUUGUUAUUUUA